AUGCAGUGUGACGAGCGCCGCCCUGAAUGUACGAAUUGCACGAACCGAAAUACUGUGUGCCAGUACGCCUCUGAAGCUUCCGUGACGUCAGCCCGCUCGAACACCGAAGAGUCUUCUCCUUGCUCAUUGCCGAUCCAUCCUUUUCAUGCAUCCGCUCAGACACACUCGAUAUCUAUUCCACAGGGUCAAACAUCUAUACCAAACAAGCAGGCUGAGAGUGCCGCCAACAUUCCACUAAUAUCACGCCUUAAUAUUCGCGACAUGGAGCUUCUUCUCCACUGGUGCUCCUCGACUUACGCGACAAUGGCACAUACCACAGAGGUUGAAAAUGUAUUCCAAUUUCUCUUGCCCACGGAGGGCCUGACAUAUCCAUUUGUGCUUCAUGGAGUGCUAGCAUUGUCUGCGCUUCACAUCGCACGUACAGAGAACCGAAGUGACCGGCCGAAGUAUUUCUCUAUUGCCUUGGAGCACCAGAAUUGUGCACUCGCUCUAUUCAGGCCUGAGGUUCUUUCGCUCAAUUGUGAAAACAGCAAUACCCUGUUUUUAUUUUCCGGUAUUCUCUAUCAACUAGCGUUCGCAAAGGGGCCGUGUUCCCCGUUUGCAGAGACUUAUGACCCCAUUCAUGACCUUCUUCAAGGGUUCGAUCUAUGCAGAGGGCUCCGCGAAAUGACAGGGCUCACAUGGCACUGGGUCAAAGAGGGGAGAAUUUCAGAUGUGCUCUUCCGCGUGGAUGACAACAAGAUAUGGCCACUUUCUGAUCAAGUCCAGGAAGCCUUUUCACGUUUAAGCCGUUUAAAUGAAUAUUACGGAAAGGACGUCGGCACUCAUGACACAGCCUGCUAUGCUUCUGCUAUUAGCUCUCUAACAGACUUGAUGGAAAUAUCCCAGGGCAAACCACGUAGGGCUGAGCUGGCGUUGAGAUGGUCAUUUAACCUCACAGACAAGUAUGUGGACUUGUUGAGGGAACGUGACUCAAUGGCACUCGUUAUUCUAGCACAUUAUUGUCUCUUGCUUCAUAAUGGCAGGCGCCAGUGGUGGAUGGAGGACUGGAGCUUGCAUCUUGCACGUUCUGUUUGGGGUCUUCUUGACGAGGAUUGGAGACCAUCAGCGAUGUGGGCUUUGAAAGAAGUGGGGCUCGAGGUUUGA